GCAGAUAGAUUCAAGUUCACCGUUUUAGAAACCUUAGACAGCAUCAAAGAGGAGUUUACGUUCUUGCAAUCACAGUAUCACAAUUUGAAGCUGGAAUAUGACAAGCUGACCGCAGAGAAAGCCGAGAUGCAACGGCAUUAUGUCAUGUACUACGAGAUGUCGUACGGCCUCAACACUGAGAUACACAAGCAGGCAGAAAUAGUAAAACGAUUGAACGCCAUAUGCAUGCAGAUCGUACCAUAUUUGUCUCAAGAGCAUCAACAACAAGUUUUAACAGCCAUAAAAAGAGCAAGUCAGAUCUCCAUACAGGAUCUCAACAUAAUGGGGGUUAUUAUUAAUUUAUUGGGAGUUCAUCAUGAAUUAACUAACUUCAAUUAA